ACAGUAGAAUUUGAAAAGAGAGAACGAGCUCGAGAUCGGAAACCGAAACCGGUGAGCUGAAACUAUAAUGGAGAAGGCCAGAUUCCGCCAAGAAACGAUUCUCCGCCAUUUGAAAUCCGCAGAAAUCCAUCUUUCAUCUCCAUUUUUGCAUGCUUCUUCUUGUAGUUCUGGUCCUUCUCAUGAAAUUUCAAAUGACGACGUUGUGAUUGUUGCAGCUUGUAGGACUCCGAUCUGCAAGGCAAAAAGAGGGGCUUUCAAGGAUACUCCUGCAGAGGAUUUGCUUGAGCAUGUCUUGAAGGCUGUGUUGGAGAACAACGGAGUCAGUCCGCAGGAAAUUGGCGAUGUAGUUGUUGGAAAUGUUCUUGCUAUGGGCAAUAUUAGAGCAGCAGAGUGCCGCCUAGCAGCCUUCUUUGCUGGUUUUCCAGAGAGUGUGCCAAUCAAGACGGUGAACCGGCAAUGCGCAUCUGGACUUCAAGCAGUAGCCGAUGUUGCGGCAGCAAUAAAGUCUGGUUUUUACGAAAUUGGCAUAGCAGCUGGAGUUGAAUCCAUGUCCAUCGAUGUUGGAGCUCAUAAACCUACUUUCAAUCCUCAGGUUCAUAUCCGUCCAAACCAAGAUGCUAAAGACUGCUUGAUUCCCAUGGGAAUCACCUCAGAGAUUGUGGCAGAGCAAUACAAAGUGUCACGCCUUGAUCAAGAUAAAGCCGCUCUUUUAUCUCAUAAAAAGGCUGCAGAAGCGGCUACUGAAGGAAAAUUCAAUGAUGAGAUUGUCCCUGUAUACACAAAGGUCAUUGAUCAUAUAAGUGGCAGCGAAAGAUCAGUCGUAGUUUCAGCUGAUGAAGGAAUUCGGCCUGAUACAUCUCUAUCUGCUUUAUCCAUGCUUAAACCUUCAUUCAAAGAUGGUGGAGCUACCACUGCAGGCAAUUCGAGUCAAGUUAGUGAUGGUGCUGCAGCUGUCAUGCUCAUGAAACGAGAAGUUGCACUGCAGAGAUGCUUGCCAAUACUAGGAACAUUCAGGAGUUUUUCUGCUGUCGGAGUUAAACCAGCAGUCAUGGGUGUUGGUCCUGCAUUUGCUAUCCCUGCUGCUGUCAAGGCAGCCAAGUUAAAGCUUGAUGAUAUUGACCUUUUUGAGAUAAACGAGGCAUUUGCAUCACAAUACGUGUACUGCCUUCGAAAGCUAGGAUUGGAUGGAGAAAAGGUCAAUGUAAAUGGUGGAGCAAUUGCUCUUGGACACCCUGUUGGAGCCACAGGAGCACGUUGUGUUGCAACACUGUUACAUGAAAUGAAGAGAUGUGGCAGAACUUGCAGAUACGGAGUUGUUUCCAUGUGUAUGGGGAGUGGAAUGGGAGGUGCAGCCGUUUUUGAGUCCGAAUAA